UAAUGUACGGCCUGUAAAGCCUCAAUAGCUCAACGGUAAGAGCGGUCGGACUCAUCACCGAGGGGUGGUGGUUCGAUCCCCGCCCCGUUGGUCUAUUCUCGUAUCUACUCCUAGCACAGUCUUUCCCGAGUAGUUGGAGGGGAAUUGGAAUAUUUGUCAUAUUAUAAAAUUUAUGGCAAAUAUUCUUUUUAAAAAAAAUUUAAAAUAUAGACUUAUGUUUAAACUUUCUUUUGACAGCAUUGCCCCCUCAAGAUAAUCGUAUAGUAGGCGGCGACCGCGUGUCCAUUGAGACCUACCCCUUCAUGGUCAGUGUGCAGGAUUAUUGGAAGGAAGGUGGCGUGUUCGGUCAUGUCUGCGGCGGCUCGCUCAUCACAACAACAGCUGUGCUCUCCGCUACUCAUUGCUAUGCACGAAAUCCAAAUGCUAUAGAAUAUCGUGUACGACUCGGCUCUAGCUUACACGAAACUGGAGGCUCAGAAAUAGCGGUCUCGCGGUUGAUAUUACACCCUGAAUUUGUUACUAUGCUGUGGCUUAACGACGUGGCUAUCAUUAGGCUGGCAACAUCGGCGCCACUGUCCAAUAGGAUUCAAGUGGCGCGUAUUGCGGGACCGAACUACCCUCUGCCGGAUGAUUUAAGAGUUUACGUUGCUGGAUGGGGGCGCGUGCGUCCCGACCGACCAGGCAGUUCGCGUAUUCUACGUCACACAUAUGUGCGUAUAAUCAACCAAGAGAUCUGCACCGAGCGCUACGCCCAACUCCAGGCCCAACCUGGUAUGGAGGAUAUGGCCCUAGUGACACCUGAAAUGUUCUGCGCCGGACUCCUCGACGUCGGCGGUCAGGACGCUUGUCAGGGCGACUCGGGCGGACCCGUCGUGCAUGAAGCCAACGUUAUAGUCGGCGUCACAUCCUGGGGAUACGACUGUGCUCAUCCUCGCUACCCCGGCGUAUACGUCCGGGUACCGUCCUACACGCAAUGGAUAGUGGAUAAUGCGGUAGCGUAAUGAACUCCUCUAAAGACAUCUUUUUUUGUAUAUACUUUUUUG